AUGGACACAACUACCUCGUCUGACUUCACGGAGGAACUAUUUUCCGUACUGUUAGAAUCCUGUACACCGUCCCGCUCUCGUGUUGAGACACUAACACAAAUAGCUCUUCGCAACUUACCGUGUGCCACGGCCACCUGGUCAGCGUUACGAAGGGCUUUCGUGCGUCAACAAGAGCUGGAAUCAGACGAGAACAAGGCUUUGUGGUAUGUUUUAGACUCCCUCAUGAAGCACGCCCCGCACGUAUUCAUUCCCCUUGUGGCGCCGCGGUUAUUUGACUUCGUCGUGCAGCAGCUUCCGUGGCACCUCGCGGGUGUCGUUUCAACGUAUGGCAGUGGGGCGCUGUGGUGUGAUUCAAUGAUACGCACGUGGGAAGGGCUUCUGCCUCCCCUACUUUUCCGCACGGUUAACUCUUUUGUUGUGCAGUUGCGCGGCGGGAAGGAGCUCUCACAGGCGAUGAAUCCCAAUGAUGCAGACGAAGAGAUACAGACAAUCGACUUUCCAGCCACGCGGGAGGAAAUGCAGCAACUGCAAGAGGCGUGGGACGUUUUCCGCACUUUUGCAGCGGAGGGUGCCGUGAAUAGGGCAGGAGCCACGCCAACAACACCGGGAGAUGUCGUUAAGACGGAGCAAACAACAACGGCGGUAGUUGCUACUGCAGAAGUUUGUGUGAAGCAGGAGCCGAGUCUCACAACGGCUGGUGUUGUGAAGUCCGAGUACGGCGCACAUGCCGGAGUGAAUACCGAUGACGAAGACGAUUCGGAUGUGGAGUACAUCCCCGUUUUUGUUCGAGGGGCCCAACGGCGCGAAUUACCGCCUCUCACAAACGAAAAUGGGACCGCACCGCGCCCCCGCCGGGCCGCCAGGCGCCGUCCACGGGAUGAUGGUGAGUGA